UAUAAAAGACCUCGAAGGACCUAAAACAGUUACUUAUUUUUAGCCUGCUCAAUGAGCUCUUAAUAAAUCAAAAAUACAUGUUCUGUGCUGAUUAAAUAGGCGAUGAAUCAUCGGACAUUUGUUUACAAUUUUCUGGAGUUGAUCAUUCUAAUAAGAUUAAUUUAAAAUGUUACAUUAGGCUAUCCGUUCUCUUCCCGCUGCUUUAAUGUCAGGCAUUUGUAUAGACACAUCUCACCAACGGAGGACGACAACAUGGCGGCUUCCUUGCGUCUCGGUCGUCAAGGGAUUUUAUUUGGCCUUAGAUUAUCUAAUUUUAAUAAAUGUGUAUGGGCUACCCAUCCAUGGCAGGAGCACGUCAGACACUUCUUUCGGUCUCCAUGGAUCCUCGGUGUCAGCCCAGUCAAAGUGCAGAUGCCUGCACUCUCCCCAACCAUGGAGGAAGGAAACAUAGUCAAAUGGCUGAAGAAGGAAGGUGAGCCAGUAGCAGCCGGUGAUGCCCUUUGUGAGAUUGAGACUGACAAGGCUGUUGUUACCCUGGAAUCUAAUGACGACGGUAUCAUGGCAAAGAUAUUGAUGGAGGAGGGAAGUCGCAAUGUGCGCCUGGGCACUCUCAUUGCCCUCAUGGUUGAGGAAGGGCAGGACUGGAAGCAGGUUGAGAUUCCCGCUCCAGAUGCUGCUGCUCCACCUGCUACAGAUGCAGCCUCUGCCCCAGUUGUGCCCCCUGCCACAGCCUUUCCAGCUCCUCCACCAAAACCAGCCACGUCAGGACCGUUACGUCUUAGUCCAGCAGCAAGACAUAUCCUGGACACCCAUGGUAUAGACCCAAAAUUGGCCACACCCACUGGACCAAGAGGACUUAUCACCAAGGAAGAUGCAUUAAAUCUCUUGAAGACUUCUCCUGCCCCCAAAGCAUCCCCAACCGUGGCUGCCCCAGCUGCCCUGAGUCCUGUCCUCACCCCGGCAGCUGCCCCUCCACCCCCAGGCAGCAGACCCAACAUACCUCCUCUGUCUGUACCAGGGAAACCAGGAGCACCGGGCACUUUUACAGAGAUCCCAGCCACAAAUGUCCGCCGUGUGAUUGCUCAAAGACUAACGCAAUCGAAGACCACCAUCCCCCACGCGUAUGCCUCAGUUGACUGCGACAUGGCUGCCGUCAUGCAUCUCCGCAAAGACUUGGCCAAAGAACAAAUCAAAGUGUCAGUUAAUGAUUUCAUUAUCAAGGCAGCUGCUGUUACACUUAAAGAGAUGCCAGAAGUGAAUGUGACCUGGUCUGGUGAAGGACCCCGCGCACUUGAUUCAAUUCACAUUUCAAUCGCAGUGGCGACUGACAAAGGCCUCAUUACCCCCAUCAUCAAGGAUGCUGCAAACAAAGGAGUCCAGGAGAUCUCAGCUAAUGCUAAGGCACUGGCCCAGAAAGCUCGAGAUGGGAAACUUCUACCUGAGGAGUACCAGGGAGGCUCAUUCAGUAUAUCUAACCUGGGGAUGUUCUGUAUCAGUGGCUUCAGCGCUGUGAUCAACCCUCCUCAGGCGUGCAUCCUCGCCGUCGGGACCUCCAGGUCCGAGCUGCGACUGUGCGAGGAUGACCAGACCCUGCGCACCCAUCAACUGAUGACGGUUACACUGUCCAGUGACGGGCGACUAGUGGAUGACGAAUUAGCCUCACGAUUUCUAGAUAAAUUCCGCGGCAACCUAGAAAAACCGCAACGCAUGGUCCUAGCCUGAUAAAACAAAGUGAGAUUGCUGAAUGAAAGGGAUUGGAAGGACAAACACCUGCAUGACAAAGCCUGUCUCGUGCUUUCACAACCAGAGAGCUCCUGUUCGUGCUUGGACUAAGGAUUACAAAGUAGGCUUGUGUAGUAUAAACUUGUGCUUGGUUCUGAUAGAAAAACACCAGGCUUUGUGAUGGAGGAGUUAAACUGGGCUUCUGCUGGAGUGGUAGAGGAUUCUAGCAGUGGUGCCAAAUAUUAAGACAGUAACGUGUGUGUGUGUGUGUGUGUGUGUGUGUGUGUGUGUGUGUGUGUGUGUGUGUGUGUGUGUGUGUGUGUGUGUGUGUGUGUGUGUGUGUGUGUGUGUGUAUAAAGUGGUUACUCCACUUUACUUACUUCAAGCUUGUUUCAAUCCCAGUGCGUCUACUCAGUGUCAUUAUAAAUAGACAUGCAAGUAGUACUGCAAAAACAAAAAAAGAUAUUCAUCGCUUAGCAGGAGUGGCAAUGCGGUUUUCGAUCAGGGUAAACCUGCAUGAACCAUUAACUGUUGUUGUGAAAUUCUUUGUUGUUAACACAUUAUUUAAACACUUAUUUAAAGCAGAUGUAACGUCCCUGAAAACUAAUCUUCCAAGUCCAUGUGUAUAUAAAAUAAAUCCAAGCACUUAGGUUUUGGUUUCCUUAGAUGCCAAUAAAACACAUUGUUCAA